AUGCAGCUCCUGUCUUUCGUGCCUCUCAGAGAGCACCUGUGAUUUUGGACGCCUCACAUGCAACAGUCGAAGGAGCAGCGCAGGAGAAAAUCUGAUGAUUGAUCUGAGUCCCUGCAGCUGCACAUUGAGUACCAUCGAACCCAGAUAGACCGACUGAUUCUGCAGCACUUAAAGGUAAACAGGAUGGCUUUAUUUUGCACCUGCGUGUUUUUCAUAGUUCAACACCUGAGUGUGUGUGUAUGCAGAUUUUAAGAUAAUGUAUGUGAAACAGCCAGAGAUUGCAUGCUGCCUGCUUGUGUAAGGUCUCGGUUCCUGUGCUUUGUUAAAUCUGCGUGAGUAGAAAGACUUUGUGGACAAUAUUAGGGCAUCAGGGUGCUGCUGCAGUUUGUCAUGCAUGAUUUUUUUGAAGGAUUUAAUGACAGAGUAACUCCACUCAUCCACCUUUUCUUAAAUCUCCUCCCCUCUUUCUGCCCCUCCGGCAUGCCUCUCCUCCUCAUCCAUUUUUUUGCCCUUCCCUCAUCUCCUUCUCUCCCAUCCCUUCCCAGCCGACAGUAUGUCGUGGCUCUUCCUGGACUGGUUCGUCCCCCUCUACCUGCUGGUGUCGGUGCUGGUGCUGGCAGGGUUCGGAGCCUGUCUGUACUUCUUGGAGCCUGGGCUGCAGGAUGCCCACAAGUGGAGCAACAAAACAGUCCGGCAUCACCCGCUGGUAGCCAGCGUGAACUGCAGAGAUGACGAUAGAAACGCUCUGAUUUGA